AUGCAGAGGAGCCCUCACUCAACCCACAAGAAAAGAACCAUGGAACGGUCAACCCGGGUUUCUCAUUCACCCAAGAUCCAAUCAUCCCUACCGCAUAUCCCCCUCGCCCCCAUCCCAUCUGGUCCUCUCCGUUCAACCCAAAGUCCCAAAAGACCCAUCAAGACCGCGAAAUGUGAAGGCGAGCCAGGCACCACUCACACUUUCAUGCGUCCGACGUAG